CUGCGAUCCGGCUGACUCACGUUAGCUUACACAGGGAGGAAGUGCAGACCCGCCAGAUCUGUUCCCCGGGCCAUGCUCCUGCAGCCGCUACGGAGCUGGGCUACAUGGACGCUGUGCCGGGAGGGUCUCAGGAGCCCCGCCUGGGGCCCAGGAAAGCGGGGGGCGCAGCGCUGGGCCUGGCCUCGGGAUAAAGAAAAUGAGAAGGAGAAAAAGUCAGUGAUCUGUGUUGAGGGUAAUAUUGCCAGCGGGAAGACGACAUGCCUAGAGUUCUUCUCCAACACAACAGAUGUCGAGGUGUUACCAGAGCCUGUGCCCAAAUGGAGAAAUGUCCGUGGCCAUAAUCCUCUGGGUCUGAUGUACCGUGAUGCCUGUCGUUGGGGCCUCACACUGCAGACGUACGUGCAACUUACCAUGCUGGACCAGCACACUCGUCCUCAGAUGUCACCUGUACGGUUGAUGGAGCGGUCGAUUCACAGUGCAAGAUACAUUUUUGUAGAAAACUUGUAUAGAAGGAAAGCAGUGGCCUGUGGGAAUGCUGGACGUGCCACUGUUGAGGAAGACACAGGAGGAGCCAGGCAGAGUUCCCAGGAGGAAAACCGCAAAAAUAGCCGGAAGAUGCCCGAAGUGGAUUAUGUGGUUCUGUCAGAAUGGUUUGACUGGAUCGUGAAGAACACUGAUGUGUCCAUGGAUUUGAUAGUUUAUCUCCGAACCACUCCUGAGACCUGUUAUCAGAGGUUAAAGAUGAGAUGCAGAGAAGAGGAGAAGGUCAUUCCAUUGGAAUAUCUGGAUGCUAUUCACCACCUCUAUGAGGAAUGGCUCAUCAAAGGGGGCCCUUUCCCUAUAGUGGCCCCUGUUCUGGUGAUAGAGGCUGACCACGACAUGCAGAAAAUGUUAGAACUCCUUGAACAAAACCGGGACCGAAUAUUAACUCCAGGGAAUCAGAAACAUGGUCCAUAGGACAGGAGAGAUCAUGCCAGAAAAAUGCUUGCUGCUGCCAAGUUAACUAUUAGGAAUGAUGUGGAAAAUCUCCUCUUGGGAGGGCUUUCUAUCUGGCCAGAUUUGCUUUCCUAAUUGUCUUUCUUCUUGCCAGUGUCUUUAUCCUGGGUUUCUGGCCCUAGAGGGUAAAUGGCAAAUGGGACCAAUGAGUUUGUCAUGCCCUUUAAUGUUCACAGCUUUGCAUUUCCCCUGGUGCCUCUUGUGGUGGUUGCCCAUUGCUGGGCCCCUCUAAAUUAAGCCCUCAGAAAGGGCCAGCUGACAUCAUGCUGGAUUCAUAGUCUUUAACCCUUCAGACCACACAGGAGGGUGAGGUAGUGGUCUUACAUAUCAGAGUCGGAAAUAGAAGCUCAGAGAGGCUAAGGGACUCCCCAAGGUCACACAGCCAGGUAACUGGCAUCAUUCAGACUUUUGGCUGUUCAAAAAUGUUGUCUUACCCCAGGCUGCCUUGUCCUGAGAGCCCUGUCUUCCCUGGCCGGAGACCUUCACAUCUGUGUCGGGAGAGCCAGCAGUGUGUGGAGCAAAUGUCAUCAUUUCCUCAUGAUUUUAGCAGUGCUCAAGACAUUCGGCAUUUCUAAGCUUUCACAAAAUUGUGCUGUGUUUGGCUUGAGACCAGCAUUUAGAGGUGUCUCAGCAUGGGGCACUGUGGCAUUUACCACCUUGUCACCUGAGUAUCUGGGCUUCUGUCCUUAGGAGAAUUAUGUGUUGGCUCCUGAAUGGUGCUUGGCCUCCUGGUGAUGAAGGUCCUGCUUGAGCUUCCACUAGUUCCAUAUCAGAGAAAUGGCUUUUGGCACCUGGCUAGUUUGCAUAAUGCUGAUCAGGGGCAAGGAGCCACCAGCAUGGCUUCUGAGGCUCCCUUACUCCAUAGUGACCUUGUGUAUGGAGGUUUGCCCUUAGAAUUCUUGAGAGUUUGUGCCCGGGAGAGAGAUGCAAGCGGCCUUAAGUCUUUAUGAAGUGUUUUUUGAUCCAAGGGGACACCUUCAACCAUAAGUAUGAAACCAUCUUUAUUGGUUCAGAAAAUAUCUUAGAUUUGCUCAGCUGUAACAAUGCAUUGAAGGCACAGCUGUCUCUUGAGUCAAGCAGGAAGCGAGAGAAAGGAAUAACAUUGUCUUUGGGGCAGUCUGAAUGAAAAAGUCAGGGCUUGUAAGCAAAGGCUCUUGGAGCACUAGUGGAGGUGAGUAGAGAGCUUCAAGAACAGUGGUUGCAAGCACGGGGCAGGGGCAGUUGUGAAUUUUGGGGAAACAGGCCUGGGCACUUCCUGAGAAGCGGUUGGUGUAAAUGAAAGUUGGAAGGUCACACCCUCUGUGAGUGUGGCACCUGUGUAUGCAGUUCUCUAAUGCUAAAUAGGUGACAGGUGCUCCUGGUGGUCUAGUCCCAGAGGGAGUGCUAAGAGGGCAAGCACUGUGGCUCCUGGCCCUUCUGGUCUGGACAGAUCCUUGGGCUGUGUGGGCAGGAUGAGGGGCAGCAGCUCAAUGGGGAUGUAUUUCAGUGGAAAUGAUUGAGUAGAAACCUGGAGGAGGCAGGAACCUCUGCUACCAGGACCCUUGGCAUGCAGGGGCCGUCUUUAGGAAUUUGUAAAUGAUUGGUCUACUGUUUUCCCCACAGCUCAAUUUGAGCAUCUGCUUUGGGGAAAUGUAAAAAAAAAAAAAAAAAAAAAAAAAUCUUGUUCUGUAGUAGCCAA